AUGACCGGCAACGGAGACUCUGUUAUGGGCGCCCAUACAGCGAUGAGUUCUCUUGCUUCGUCGAAGCUGAACUCGCCGCUGAUGAUGUCGCGAGUGCCCUCGUCCUCCGCCUUGACGUCGGCCAUCUCGAUUCCCGGCCAGACCACGGAUUUACAGUUGGUGAACAGCCACGGCUCCGACAACAGCCAGACAAACAUUCUUUCGUCCAAGGGCGAUAAGGGCAGCGAGUCGUUGAAACUGGCCAUUAUUUGCGUCGGACUUCCAGCCACUGGCAAAUCGUACAUUACAAAGAAACUCCAGCGAUAUCUCAACUGGAUGCAAUACAAUACCAAGAUUUUCAACGUGGGCAACACAAGACGCCAGGAAAAUGCAAAACCCAGCGACUAUCCGAUUCCAGGCCCAACCAUCGACAAGGGAACCAGUCAUGAUGCCAGUUUCUUUGACCACACAAAUACAGAAUAUUUCCACAGGCGGGAACAGUGGGCACGCGAGACCCUGGACGACCUGAUUGACUUUUUGCUUGUUGACCAAGGAAACGUGGGGAUAUUUGACGCGACAAACUCCACAAAGGACCGCAGAAGCUGGAUUAUCCAGACCCUUAACGAAAAGACAAACGGUGCCAUCAAGAUUCUGUUUUUGGAAAGUAUCUGUACCGACCAGGAGUUGGUCGAGAAAAACAUCCGUUUGAAACUAAGCGGACCGGACUACAAAGACAUGGACAGACAGGUCGCUCUGGAUGAUUUUCGAAAUAGACUAAGAAACUACCAAAAGGUUUACGAAACCAUUGAUGAGGAGGAGGAAAAGGAAAACGAAAUAUACGAUAUUCAGUACGUGAAAAUCAUCAACGCCGGAAAGAAAGUCAUUUCCUACAACAUCAGUGGCUAUCUUUCGUCGCAGUGCGUGUUUUUCCUGUUGAACUUCAACCUCACCGACAGACAGAUAUGGUUAACAGCGAGCGGGGAGUCCGAGUUUAACGCAUUAAAUAAAAAGGGAGGCGACUCGAACUUGACAAAGAAUGGCGAUCAGUUUGCCCGAGCUCUUCCAAAGUUUAUCUGCAAAAAGAGACAGGAGUUCAAGCUCCGUCAUUUAAACAAGGAGUAUGUGAACGACGAGUUUGUGUUCCAUACAAAAGCACAAAUUGACCAGGAGUUUAACAUAUGGACCUCGAAUCUCCGGCGUACGUUGCAGACUGCGUCGCACUUCCCUCGCGAAGAGGAGGGCGGUGAUUUCCAUAUCAAGUCGUUCCGGAUGUUGAACGACUUUGGAUGCGGUUCUCUGGACUCGAUCGGAGAAGACGAGUUCCGCACCAAGUAUCCAGACGAGUAUCGGUCCCAGAUGACCGAAAAACUCACCUACAGAUAUCCUGGGCUUGGGGGUGAGUCCUAUCUGGACGUGAUUUCGCGGCUGCGACCAAUCAUCAUCGAAUUGGAGCGUCUGCGAGACCAUGUUCUUAUUAUUUCGCAUCGAGUUAUUACACGGGUACUGCUUUGCUACUUCAUGAACCUGAACAAAGAGAUGUUGACGGAGCUGGACGUUCAACACGGAUACGUGUACUGCAUUGAGCCCAAGCCGUACGGACUGGAUCUGAAGAUCUGGCAGUACGACGAGGUGACGGAUGAUUUUUACGAGGUGGACGAGAUCGGCUUGAUGAAGAAAAAACGAAAGAGAGUCUCGAUCUCGAUCGGCGGCAACUUCAGACCGAUCAUCCGCAAGUCUGCUUCUCCUGACUCGUCGGUGAGCUCUUCUGAAUAUUCGAGCAGCUCGGAUGAGGAGGAGAGCGUGAAAGCACGUCGCGACAUCACUCCGGCCGAGUCUGAAGCUUACGAGUUUUCAAGACGGCCGUCAGACACUGCUUCCGAUGCUUCGCAUACCAUGAUCAUGGACCCCGAGGCCGAGAUCGGACAUCAGGUGGAGGAGAUCCUGAAAAACGAGAAGCUGGUUGAGCUUCUCCGCAAACGGCUGGAAGGCGUGGCUUUAUAG